AUGGUUCCCGCACCCAUUGCUCAGCGAGGCUCGCUCGGCCGAUUCGAGUCCAUCGACGAGACGCCGCACAUCGGCACCCGCUUCCCGAACCCAAACACCCAGCUCUCCGCGUUCCUCACCGCGCCGGACGGGGACGAGCUCAUCAAGGACCUCGCCACGCUCGUCGCGCACCGCGGCGUCGUCUUCUUCUCCAACCAGGACAUCACCCUCGAGCAGCAGAAGCAGCUCGCGACGCGCCUCGGCGAGCUCGGUGGCAAGCCGAAGGGCAGCACCCUGCACAAGCACCCGAUCUCUGAAGAGACCAGCGAGCUGGGUGCGGAUACGAGUGUGAUCACGUCCAGGGGCGGCAUCGCGAGGGCCGGAUACGUGAAUGGAUCCCGAGCAAGCAAAGGAUGGCACACAGAUAUCACCUUCGAGCCCGUACCAUCGGACUAUGCUAUCCUCAAGCUGCACACAUUGCCCAGAGUCGGCGGUGAUACUCUGUGGGCUAGUGGAUACGAAGCCUACGAUCGCCUUUCUCCCGUUAUGCGCAGGUUCCUGGAAGGCCUCACGGCUGUACACGAUGCUCCCUUCUUCCGCGAGAUGGCACGUGCGGAAGGCAAAAAGAUGCAGGAUCAUCGCGGUCACGCUGAAAACACCGGGGAGGCUCUUGUCGCCAUUCACCCCGUUAUCCGCACCCAUCCCAUCACAGGGUUCAAGACGCUCUUCGUGAACCGAGGAUUCACGAAGCGCAUCGUUGAGCUUACGGAAGACGAGUCUGACGCGCUGCUGGAUUACCUCUUCCGGCACGUCUCCGAAAACCACGACUUCCAGGUGCGAUUCCGCUGGUCCACCAACGAUGUCGCCAUUUGGGACAACCGAUGCACAUUCCACACCGCUACGAACGACUACGGAGACGAACUGCGCGUCGGAAACCGCGUCGUCAGCAUCGGCGAAAGACCGUACUUUGACCCGGCGUCUAAGUCUCGACGUGAAGUCCUGGGUAACGCGAUCUAG